UGGGUAUGAAGGUGAUGGGGGGAUGAAACACUCAGUCCAGUUCCUCCCUAAAAAUACCCACCUGCUCCUUGGGCGGGAGCUAACGCUCUUAAAGGACAUUUGCUCCAAGGAUAGGAUCCCUCCUUCCAGUCUUUACUUUGAUUAAUCAGGCUAAGUAAUGAUGAAAGGCUGCAUGAAGCCAUAGGCUGAUGAACCUCUGUCAUCUUCUUAGAAGCAAAAUGCAGCUUCUGUUUCUUCUCAAAACUAGGAGGUUCCUUGGGGGAACAAGUAACGUUAGGUAAAGCUGAGAUGCUCCUUAGCAGAAAAUCAUACAGUGAGAAUAGAAAUCAUUGCUGCUUAUAAAGGCAACUGGAACAAUUAAUGGAAAUUUAAAAAACUUGUUGAUUAUCAUUAUCAACAUCCCUCAGCUGCAUACUGUGGGAGGAAUAUUAUGGGGGUGAAGUUUUGCUGGGUGUUUGUGCUUAGUCUUAUGCUUUCCCUGAGCAUCUUCUGUCAGAUCCUGUCAGAAGGCAAUAAGCAGGAAGGGCAGCAGCUGUAGGAGGCAGUAGAGGUACGUGGAGGUAAGGCAGCAGGCUGAGAAAAAGCAAGCAGGGAAAUUACAGGUGAGUCCUGUUUCUAACAGCCUUUCCCAUUGGAAGUCUAUAAGCUGCUUUGUGAGUUGCUUUGGGCAAAGGAAUGGAAUCGGAAUCCAGCAGAUGCCCACCUAUGUGGUACUAAUAGAACUAUGAUAAAAUGGUACUGAUCUGGUGAGCACAAGCCUGUGUAAAUAAUGUUGCACACCCAGCAAAGUGACUAAUUCUGUGUGUGUGGGUCUGAGCUGCAGUGUGUAUGACUGAACACAGGUCUUGUCCUGAGUUCUGCUCAGGCCUCACAGUGUGGAGAGGCAACACUGAUACUGCUGACCCUUUGCUUCCUUCUUUCUUCCAGAGGAAGAAGAUAAGAUGCAGAACAGCUCCAUCACGCUCAGGUUGCACAGCUUACAGCUUCCCUUCUCCAGCACCUGGAAAUAUGGGAUCCUGGCAUUAGCCAUCCUCUUGCUCCUGGGGGCCCUGACCAUCCUGGCUUACCAGAUGUGCCAGCUUCAGAAGCACAGCAGGACUGGGAAAAAGAAGAAAUAUGACAGUGGAGACGGGGUGAAGAUGAGGGCAGAGAAUGGUCUGUGGGGGAAGAAGAUGCCGCCUCUUCUGCUUGACAGCAGCCAGCAGAGUGACGUGGAUAUGGAGGCACGUACAUCAGUGCUGGGCAAGGCUGAGAGCCAUAUGAAGUCUGGUGCUGAGGGAAGUGAAAAACCUGCAGCGCAAUUUUUUGGAAAGCUGAUGACUAACUCGAUCUCAAGUGUCACUUCUACUUACUCCUCCUUUAUACAGCAUUUGUUCAGUCUGAGGGAAGGAGCAAUGGCAAACUUCUCUCCUUUCCAUUCCCCCCCCCCCAAUUCCACCCUAGCAGUGCAGGAAGCCAUGAGGCAGGCAAUGGUGGAGCUGGGAGCAGGGCUGGAUGCACCCCAUCCCUGCCUCUCCUGCAGCAUCACUGAAGACCCAAGCAGUGACCCGAGCCCCCUGCCCAGCUCCCAGGGCAGUCUGAAGUUCUCCCUCCUGUACCGCAGGGAGCGAUGCGAGUUGCUCGUGAGUGACCUGGAGGUGCGGGGCCUGCCCAGCCACAGACACACUGAGGUGGCCGUCUGGCUCCGACUGCUGCGGCGGGUCCCAUCCCACGCCCCUGCGCUCCAGUGUGUGGUCCAGGAGUGGCAGAGCCGGGCGGUGAAGAACUGCAGCGGGACAGCCUUUGGGGAGCACUUUGUCUGCUCCCUGCAGGAUGCUGAGAUGGAGAGGAGCACCCUGAAAAUGGAGGUCCAACAUUUUGACAAAUACUCCAGGAAUGCCACACUAGGGGAAGUCAGAGUUGCCCUGAGCCAGCUGAAGGCCUCCCAGAGCUUGGUUUUGUGUGUGGAACUGCAGAAGACCACAAAGGACGUCGUAGGAGAGGUGCUGCUGUCUCUGAGGUGCCUGCCCAUAUCUCAGAGGAUGGAGGUUGGACUGCUCAAGGCGAAAACCUACCCCCCUCGCAGUGCUGCAGAGAAGAGCAUAUAUGCAAGGAUAGAUGUUUCCUGCAGACGCCACAGGCAGAAGCACCAGAAAUCCAGGCCGCAGGCACACACUUCACUCAUCAUUUUCAAUGAGACCUUCCUGUUCCCCAUGCCCCAAGCUGCAGCGUGGGACAGCUCUGUGCUCGUCUCCCUUUAUGAAGUGGGCCCUGAGCCCAGGCACCUCAUCGGGCAGGCCAUUGUGGGAAGGAACACGGCAAGGGAUGCAGCUGACCACUGGGACCUCAUGGCCAAGUCCAUCCAGCAGCCUGUAGCCCAGUGGCAUCCGCUCCUCAUUUAGAGGGGAGGACUUCUGCAACUCCUUGUGGUGGUCUGGCUGAGUUUUCUUGCACAAAUGAGCAGCAAUCACAGUGAAUAUAUCUAAAAAAUGAGUCAGAGCUUGACAUACCUGGUAAGAUUCAGGUAACUUCUACUUCAGCUUCUUCCCACUGCUCCUGGUGGUCCCAUGUCACCUUCAGUAGAGUAGUAGGAUCUUAGAAGUUCUUGAGGAGACUGGUUCCUAUGGCAGGAAAUAGGGCAGUGGGCAUUGCAGGGCAGGCACUAAGUAGGCAAGAAGAAAAAGGGGUGGGAGAAAGAGUCCCUGCUUCUAUUCAUGAAAUAAGGAGGCACCAAAAGGUGAAGUGAUCUGCAUCAGUUCAACCCAGACAUGCAUUCUGGGACAGAUGUGCUUGUAGACCUGGAUAUGCUUGCAUCUGUAUCUAUCUUAUCCUUCUGAAUUUUGAUGGUUUUUGGCCUUGGAGAUUUUCUGGGGCACAUUCAUCGUAUAGGUACAAAUAAAUAAAUGUAAAGGCAAAAAGACAUUUCACAGCUUAAAAUGUCACCAUCUCUCUGUCCUGGUCUGAUACGAGGAGUCCCUUUUGUCAUUCCCUACGCUCCUGCCACGUCCUCCUGGCUGCUGUCCCAGGUUUUCAGAGCACACAUUCCCUCACUCAGCAGCCCCCUGCCUGCUGAGGGCUGGAGCUCCACUUUUCCUUUUUAAUGCCUUUUUCUUUGUUAUGCUCCCCAGAACUCCUGCCCACACUCAAUCACAAGAUGUGUCACCUUAGGAGAAACCUGGUAGAUGCGUGGAUGGCUUUUGCAUAGAGCACAACCCCCCCAGAAAACCCAUGUAAUUUAGGUCACAAUAGCUUAUUUGGUGUGGAAAGCAGUGAAAUGAGGCUAGUGGAAAAGAGGCCACAGUCUGCCAGCCCAGCAGCUGAGAUGACCCAGGUGUUUCCAAUUUGAGGGAUAAAAGUGUGGCCUAUAAACAAAUAUCUAAUGCAUAUAAAUUAAUGGGUACAGAAAUUAAUAUAAGCAGGUAAAUAUCCCUGAAAAAGCCACCCUAGAGCCAAGCCAUAUCCCUCUUGUGCAGAUUCCCCUAUCCCUUGGCCAACCCACAGCUAAGAAAACCACCUCUGGGGUGCAGGUGAGUGUGCUGCUCAGCAGGCUGCCAGUGCCAUGAGUCAGUGUUUAUACUGUUAAACUAUUAAGAUAAUUUUAAUCCUCAA